AUGUUGCUGAUCUCGUUUGUAAUCUGUGCAUUAUCUGCUGAAAGCUUGAGCAGCAUGUUCUACAAUGCGACAUUAGAUGGAAUAAGCACUAAAUUCAAGCUCGACAAGGAGGCAACCCAACACAUGACCAAAAAACAGGCCAAAAAAUUGAAUGGGUUUCAGGAAAUGACUCCAGAUGACCAGGAAAAUGAAAUCAAAAAUAUGUACGAGGAUAUCCAAAGAAGGAAAGUGAAGUGCAAGGUGUAUGAAGUUGAAUGGUAUAUUACUAAAUACAAAAAUGACAUGACAUAUAUCAAGGACAAAUACGAUAGUGGUGUAACAGACAAGGAAACUUUCGAAAAUGAAAAGGUAGAUUUGAUUAAUGAACUGAAAACAGCAAGUAAAAAAAUCAGUGCUUGUAGAAAGUUCCUGUAUGACAUCGGACAUUUUAAACUGAUAACAGAUCACUAUUGUACUGAAAUACAGCAAAUAACGAAAGAUGAUGGAUCAGAUAUUGAAAUACCUUAUGAAAUCAUGGGUUACAUUCAGAAUACUGAGGAAAUGUUUAGAAAUUUGGAAGAAGACCUGAAAACACUGUCUGUGUAUAGCAAAGAACUUAAUGGUUUACUCAACAUUGGCAACUUAUUAAGUUAA